AAUGCCUACGAAUAACACACGGAUACCAACCGCUUUAAAGUCAUCCAAACAAGGGUAGAACCAACAAAGCCCAUGAUUGCUAAGCAGUAGCUAACUUAAUUCAACGCAAGCUGCCCAACGCCAUCAACCUAAAUAGGUCAGAGCAACCAGCCAGUAACACUCUAACCUAAUUUCAGAGCUCACAGUAUCAGGUUAGCGUACUGUCUGUAGUUAGCUAGCUUGUUGGCUAGCAGCUAGCAAUCAGGUAGUAGAAGCUUAUAGCUAGCGGUAGACUAACGUUUAGCUAUUUCAUAGGUUCCCUACGUUGAAUAACGUCAAUCAAUGUCAACUGACCAGGUAGACACAAACAGGCAAGUCGGAGGUCGCGUCUAGCUAUGAUUACUAUGCCAGUUUAACAACUUAGCCUCGUUAAUUACCCAGCUCGGUAAUGACGGUCACCUCAAAAUGGCGUCAGAAAUAAACACUGGCUAGCACUAGCUAGCAACCCAAAUAGUCUAGCGGGUAAUUAUAAUAUCUAAUAACGGUUAAACUUCCAAUAACGAUUAAGACAUGCAUCCACUUAGGCUAUUAUUGGCUAAGUAGUAGUAGCUAGCAAUACGUAAAUAACCAGCUAAGUAAAUAGGUAAAUAUAUAGCUUAGUGCCUUAAUCUAUAGCGCUGGCUACCCGUGUAAAUUUCGCUAGUAACAAACAAGACGUCUUGGAAACCAAUUCACCCAACGUAACCUCACAAUUUAGUUAACAUUUACAUAGAGCAGGCAAGUUAACGUUAACAAUAUUUAAAAAAUAACGGUUGAAUUCAUCGGUGCUCGCCAGCAAUACCCAGGCCCAUUGAACUUACAUAUAAUCUUGUUCUUCAUUGUUGCUAUUGUUAUUAGUCAACACAACCAUUUUACAAAGCGAAGAACUUACGACAGCUAGCUAGCUAAACUUUUUUUUUUUUUUUUACACAAAAUUAGGAAAACUCGUUCUCCAAAUUUCAAGGUAGUUUUGGUUGACUAAAGUGAUUAGCUAGCUAGCUGUCUGUCUUAGACUGUUAACGUCAGCUGGAAAGCGAGUGCCUUCCUCGGCUUUCAAGACUGCCACAGCAAACUGACUGCCAAAGCGAGCUUUGCGGAAGUCCAAACGAGACAACGCCUAUUGGCAGGUCACAAUGAACUUGAUCGAUAUUCUAUGUCAAUAACAAUCUAAGAUAAUAUUUUUCCAUAAAAUUAAAUUAAGCGAUAUUUUUGUAUUGUUGUGUCCUAAAACAACAACAGAAAUUAUUAUUAUGGUUGUUGUUUGUUUAUUUGCAUAUUCAUAUUGUAAUCUAUGUAUUUUAUGAUAUUAGCAGAAAUAUUCAACUUAUAGACUAUAGUAGUUAUAGUAGUUUAUUAUAGUAAAUUUAAAUUAAAGUGAACUAAAUGUUUUUCAGCUAGAUAAAGUAGCAUUACACCACCAUAUUCUAUACUAUGUCAUAAGUCUAAUACGGGAGUGACCAACCCUGGUCCAGGACAACCACAGGUUACACUGGUUCUUGUUUUCACUUUCAGAUCAGUUAGCAAUUUUCACUCCAGAAACCAUGUUUUAAUACAAUGACUACACCAAUUAACUGUGUAGUCAUUAUAUUAUUUUGUGAACACAACCUCUCCAGGGUUCACCAGACAACGAAACAAUCCAAAACCAAAGAAAACACAACAUAUGUAAAAUGUGCUUGAUUUAUUAGCGUGUAUCUUACCACUGUUCAACCAUUUUCACUUCCUUGAAGCUGGUGUUUCCAUAACAGCAAUGUUUUGGUUACUGUCAUCCAUGCUGGAAUGAGUUUUAAAAUGUGGUCUACAGAUUGUUUGAAUACAGGAGGAGUUAUAGAUAACAUUUUCUUUGUUUGUCCACUCUGGUGCUGGUACAAAAUGUAAUACAGUUCUGAACUUCAUUGCAAGAUGGGAAAAGCGGUGUUGGAAGACUAUAUACUUUUGCUUAGGUGGUUAUAAGCUAAGCUUCUUGAUGCUUGGCUUGAUGUUGUUGAGUGUUGUUUAAGAAUGUUAAAACUUUGAUUUGCCACAUGAGAAAAGCUUUGAAUCAGAUCCAUCACUGGGCUGCUUAUCUUACACAUCUGAGGAAUACAGCUGAAGAAGUAUAAGCUCUUGAAGACAGUCAAUGUGCUGAAAAACACAAAGAUUUAGAAUGAAAAAAAAACUGUUCAUGUUGUGGAUCUUCAACAACAGACAAGAACUGGCUAAAAUCGAAUUCAAUAGAUGUGAACAUCAUUUGACAACAUCUUCCAAAUUGGUUUAAUCAUCUACUGCUUGAUUUGUAAGUUGUGGUGGAGAAGGACCAAGUUCAGGAUUCAUCUUGUGGAAUAGAAUGAGGACAUACCAACAGCAAAAAAGAUAACAUUUAAGCCCUGGUUGCAACAUGGCAGGAGAGCCAAGACAGCUGGUGGUGGAUGUGGUGAGAUGUGCUUUGCCCUUGAAGACCUCACUAAUCAAGUUAACUCAGGGUAACAGAAUAAGCUCAAGCGUGAUAGAGUUAGCACAUCCUACUAUCUGCAAGACACCUGAGAAAACCGAAGACUCAGUUUUUAAAAUCUGUGUGGACCUUCAGUCUGUCUUAGCAGGUGGUAUGGAGCCAAGGAAGGCAGAAGAAAGGGACAUUGAUGGUUUAGGUAUGGCUUUGGACAGCAAGAAAGUUAGAAAUUUGAGACUGAGUCAAACGUCUAGGUGGCAGCCAAGAGCCCAGGUCAGCAAAAAGAGCAAGAGUUUGAGGCAAGGCCAAUCAGAAGUACCCAGGUUGGUGAAGAAUGCAUCAUUUCCUCCCAUUACUAAACCAUCCAACAAAUUUCCCUCAUACUCGCACAAUGCAGGGAUCUCAGCAUCUCACAUUUCACUGCCCCUGAUUAACGUUUUAGAACAAGGUGUCCUGACAAGCUCUUCCAUACCGAUUAAGACCUCACAAACUGUAACACCAUUUCCAAGGAUUCUCUUGAAGAAAAGGAAAUCUCUGGUAGAUGGAACUAAGACCUCUGAAUGUAAGGUUCCUCCAUGCAAGCUCCCAGAUGUCUCAGCACACAGUACAGAGCAGCUACUUGAGAGAUUAAAAGCACGAAAAAGAGACAAAAAGAAGGGGAAAGAGAGAGAAAUGGAGAGUGAGAUAGGAGUACCCGAAUACCCUGAUCAUCUCUUCCUGUCUGCUACUCUUCAAUUACUCAGAGAAGGGCUGAUCCACCUGCCAGGCCUUAAUACAGAAGAAAUGCAAAGGUGCUCUGGGGCCCAGCCAGCUAGAUGUCCGAGGAUGAAAACUGUGAAGACAGAAAGAGAGUUGCAAGGCUCAUUUCAGCCCUCAAAUGGAAUUAAGAAGCCGGUAACCCUCAGCAUGUACAAGAGGAACCUCACUCUUGUCCGCCAAAUACAAAGCAAUAACAAUACAUAACAUUAAGUACACCACACUUGCAGUUGUUUAAUCUCAGUUGAAGCUAUCAUGAUUCCCAUUUUGGCCAGAAAACACACAUUUUAUUACCCAUUUAUUUUAUUCUCAUAUUUCUGCAUAUAUACACCAUUAUUUACAGACAUGUAGAUAAGUACAUCCAUAUUCUAGUACAGAAAUUUUAAAAUAUAAUAAAUAUAAUAAAUACAUUGACGUUUGAUACAAUAUAUUGGGUAUAAAUAUCAGUCUUUGUUUUAAUCACCACAGACUGAUAUACAUGCUGCACAGUACCAGUUAAAUUGAUGUAUUGGUGCAUUCUUGAGUACAUUACAUCUUUGUUUGAUUCACAGGUGUGUCUUCUCAAGUGCAAUAGAAUGCAAGAGAUGGUUG